AGUGGAGUCCCUCUCAAUAUUAGGCUGCAUUACAUUGAAUGGAAUACCAAAAUAAACAAAUAUUUGUAUAUAACAUAAAGCUUAUUUUUAAACAACAGAGAUGGAUAUAGCAGCCUACCUUAAUUUCGCCCGUGUUUCGUCCGUUGUGAGUCGAGGAAGGUCUGGGUGCAGUGUGUGUCCGAUAUCAUGCCUGUUUUAUCAGCGUGAUCCAGUCAACCCGGCUCAGCAUCGUUCCCUGAAAUCCCAAAUCCCAGAUCAGUUUGUCUUGUUCCCCCCCUGGUGGUCAAGGUAGGGAAUUAGUAUGGAUAAGCUGAUCCUGGAUCUGUACCUAUGAUCCAACCCCAGUGGAUAGAUGUGUGACCGUUGUCCCAAAUGGCAGCCUAUUCCCAAUGCAGUGCACUACAUUUGACCAAGGCCCAUAGUGCACUACACAGGGAACAGGGUGCCAUUUGGAACCCUUCCGGUGUUUGAUGCUCCAUUCUUCGCCUACCCCGCUCUUCUUGCUGGUCCUGGGGGGAAAAACAUCUGCAACAUUGUACAUCGUCUGAUUCCUACAUCUGAAAUAGCAUGUAUUAUUUUUAGAUAACGGUCAUCGGGUACGUUUUAGGAUUCACUUAAAGUCUAAUUUGUUCCUCAUGAAGAGCUGGUGGCAGUGCAAUUAAUUCCCGUUGAUUCCAGAUGUUUCUCAGAAGCUUUACCUUUUGCAACAGGACAUUUUUGUGAAAGAUUGGUGCACAAAAUUAUUGGCAUAUUCAUUGUAUUAAAGUGAAUAUAAGUUUGUACAUGAAGUGGAAUAAAACAAGGUCAUUGAUUGACUGACCAGCAGACAGUGCAGUGAGGGGCAUAGCCACUAGAAUACCUUUCUGAUAAUACAGGACUAUUAAAUGGCCCAGUGCACUACUUCUCAGGGUGUGCCUCAGCACCCUAACUUAUUAUGGCAAGGAGGGGGGGACUACAGCAGGAGAGAGGAGCAUUGCAGACUGAACUCGGUUCACUCAAAAGCACUGUAGAAUUCAAUUUUUAAUCCACGUUUCUCCAAACGUCAAAUUUUGAAGUAAAUAGUUAGGGUUACAGUUUUUUGCGAUCGUUUACACUUCUUGUUGUGGAAUUUGGCUCGUUGUGUCAACGUAACACACAAGACAACACUCGGGGAUAAACGUCUCACUUCUGUCAAAAUGAAACUCAAAACUUAACAAUCCUUUUUCAAAAAUGUCCCAUCUGAAUUCCUCUUUCAAAGCAGUAACACACGGACGUACUUUAUACAGAAUACUGACGUCUUUAGUACAUUGUAUACCUUUUUAAUUGUGUUAUACAAGCUUCUGUGAAAGAUUUCUCCCGUACAUCUACUCACACCGGGGCGGCAGGUUUCCUAGGGGUUAGAGCAUUGGACUAGUAACCGGAAGGUUGCAAGAUCGAAUCCCUGAGCUGAUAAGGUAAAAAUCUGUCGUUCUGCCCCUGAACAAGGCAGUUAACCCACUGUUCCCCGGUACGCCGUCAUUGAAAAUAAGAAUUUGUUCUUAACUGAUUUGCCUAGUUAAAAUAAGAUAAAAUUAAUAAACACAAAAGUAGAAAGGCUUCAGAAAAAAAAUAUACAGCUUAAGUUUUUACAACAAAAACAAAGUAAUUACAGUACUCAAUACGUUACUGUAAACUCACAGAAUAAGUAAUUACAGUGCAAUGGUAAACAAAACAAAAAUAUUGUAAGGGAGGGAGUGGAUGGUUUAUGGAUCCCGCCUUCUGUUAGGGUCUGGCCACAUCACAAGCCAUGUCAUCCCUGGCUAGGCAACGGGGAAAAUGUCACCUUGCGUGCCGUAUCCAACCCUGGACUGAUCCCCACCUCAACGUCUCCGCAUGCCUCUUCCAUUGUUUGCAGAAGAGACAGACGGGCAUGUGAUUGGCGGUCAUAUACACAUAACGUCACAGCCCGGUGGAAACUACCAUUAUCCCAGAUGACAACAAACCCGGGCUGCUUUGAUCCGUCCUGUAGAACUACAUUAUGUAGUGCUUCCAGAAAUAUAACUAUGUGUUGCAGUACUGUAUGGACCCAGGGUGGCGUGGUGAUGGAGAACUCCUUGCAGACUAAUGGCGGCAUAUAAGGGGAUAUUCCCCCCGCCGGCGCUACUCAGGGACAUUCACAACGGCUCUUUGUCCUAUAACAUUUUCUUCCCUCUAUGCCUGGUUUUUAGAUUGAAUCCAGAGUCAUCAAUGAAAAUGAACUCAUGAGGCUGUGCAGUUGCAUCAAAGUCCAGGACUGUCUGUAACAGAACAUACAUGCACACUGUACCAUGAAUACGGUGUAACUCCAAACACAGGACUACAAUGUCUACAUUUACACACAAGGGCUGGGGGCUGGGUUGGGUCAGACACAUUCAGUCAAAACUACAAGCUACAGGCAAGGCAGGUGCCCCCACAGUUGUGUAGCGACUCAGGUUGGACUGGACUCUCUGCCUCCCUCAUCAUCAGGCCAUGAUUUAUGACACGGUCCACCAAAGUGGCCCUAAUGGCAUCAGAAAUAUGUCCCCUUUUUUUGUUCUUGUUGUUCUUGUAGUUCUCCUCCUCUCUUCCUCUCACCGCCUCCAUGUUUGCAAAGUUCUCACCAAAGAGGUGAUCUUACCUGAGGUCUAUUUGUAGUGCUGAGGCUCUGACUAAUUGGUGUUCAAUUACUGUAUAAGUGUUUUCAUGUGUGUGUGUGUGUUGCCAAUUUCAGGUAUGUUUUGCUUUUUGAAUAGAAGUGACGGCAAGAGAUUUCAUUCUUGAACGAAGUGUCUGAUGUAAGAAACAGUGUGUUGUGUGUUACAGAAUUGCAAACAAAGUGCAAAGCAGAAAAUGUGUUUGUGCUGUUGGUGUCUUUGUUUAAAGGCAUGGUUACAAAAGUUAAGGUUUUGAUGAUUUUGUCUAAGUAUUCACUUAAGCAAUCGGCAAAAACUAUAAAACAUUAAGUUUAGGCAUUCAGUCCGAAUGGUUAAGGUAAGGGUUUGGGUUAAAACAUACAAAAUUGGUGUCCAGCACUGGGAUUGAACAAGUGACCUUCUGAUCCAGAGUAAUGGGAUUACACCCAUCCGCCACACCAUUGCAAAACGCAAGCUUUCUUGACGAUAAUAGCGCCGAUUUUUGCCCUAGUGUCUGGUUUUUGAAGGCAUUUCUCGACGUCCUCAGAAUAUGGUUAGACGUCCAAUUUCGAAGUCACUCUUGAGCGAUCUGCCUGUCAGGAAGUUGAAAACCGCUACGUUUGCAGAUUGGUGGAGGAAUAGGAGGGAUGGAAGGAAAAAAUAUCUCCGUGAACCUUUGAACCGUCUUCUCGAACUAGUCACAAGACUCUCUUGAACCGUCUUAUUGAACUAGUCACAAGACUCGUAUACUUCCUAAUCGGAAUUGACUAUCACACAUGCCGAUGCAGACAACCCGGUUCACUAUGGGAUCGCGAUAAAGUGAUUCGUUUUGAUUACGAAAAUAAAACGAACGGAAAACAAGGGAAGAGAGGAGCGCCACAGUACUCUUCUAUGCUGCUAAAAGAGAGUCGUUUAGGAACAGGAAAGAGAAAAUAAGAGGCCAAUUCUAGAACCAUCAUGUCAUCUGUUCAUUUCAAUCCAGGGUCGGAUUCCAAAGAAGUUAAUGGUAGUGUAGAGAAGCUGGAGGAGGCUAAGGUGGAGAUAGACGAUGGGAAGGAUAAGAGUGCUGAACCGGAUACCAUGUAUCAACAUAUUCGGAUGACGAUUACGCCUUUUGUCAUGUCCUUCGGAUUCCGUAUGUUUGGUGUGAUACUGAUCAUAGUGGAUAUAGUGUUGGUGAUAGUAGACCUGUCUCUGAUGAAGCGGAGCAGAGAUGUGGGGGACGCUCUAGAGACGGUCUCUCUCGUCAUCUCUCUGUUCUUCCUCACCGACGUACUGCUACGGGUCUAUGUAGAGGGGUUCAAGGUGUACUUCAGUUCCAGACUGAAUAUCAUAGAUGCCUGUAUCGUUGUCAUCACCCUGGUUGUCACUAUGAUCUACACCUUCUCUGACCUGACAGGGACCAGCCUCAUACCCAGGGCGGUGACGUUCCUGCGUUUUCUGAGGAUUAUAAUCCUGGUCAGGGUCUUCAGAUUAGCCUCCCAGAAGAAAGAACUGGAGAAGGUCACCAGGAGGAUGGUGUCUGAGAACAAGCGUCGCUACCAGAAAGACGGCUUUGACCUGGAUCUCACCUACGUCACAGAUCGUGUCAUUGCCAUGUCGUUCCCUUCCUCUGGGAAACAAGCCCUCUACAGAAACCCCAUCAGGGAAGUGGCCAGGUUCCUAGAUGCCAAACAUGAAGACCACUACAGAGUAUACAACCUCUGCAGUGAGAAAGGUUACGACCCCAAGUUCUUCCACUACAGAGUAGAGAGGGUGUUUAUCGACGACCACAACGUGCCUUCGCUAGAGGACAUGCUGAAGUACACUGCCGGUGUGAGAGAGUGGAUGGCAGCUGAUCCCAACAACAUCAUUGCCAUACACUGUAAAGGAGGAAAAGGACGUACAGGAACUCUGGUGUGUACCUGGCUGAUUGACAGUGACCAGUUUGAGAGCGCUCAGGACAGCUUGGACUACUUCGGGGAGAGGAGAACCGAUAAGAGCCGCAGCUCCAAGUUCCAGGGAGUGGAGACCCCGUCCCAGAGCAGGUACGUGGGUUACUAUGAAGUGAUGAAGACUAAGUUCAACCGACAACUUCCUCCAGAACAGAGCCUGAAGAUCAAGAGCAUCCGCAUCAACUCCAUAGCAGGUGUGGGUAAAGGGAACGGUAGUGACUUGAAGGUGAAGAUCAUUGUAAAGAAGAAGCUGGUGUUCCUGUGUGUCUGUGCCAAACAAGAGAACUGCACGGUGUUUCCUGAUGCUGGUAACAACUCGGUGGUGAUCAGCCUGCAGGAGGGGCCUGUUGUCAACGGUGACGUUAAGAUCAUGUUUGAGUCCUCUGCUGGUCUCCCUAAAGGAUACGAAGACUGUCCUUUCUACUUCUGGUUCAACACCUCCUUUAUAGAGAACAACAGACUGGUCCUGUCUAGAGAAGAACUGGACAACCCCCACAAAGCCAAGACCUGGGAUCUCUACAAGGAGGACUUCGGAGUUACCUUGUCUUUCUCUGAACCAUGACCUCUGACCUUUUAACCCCUGUCCAACUCUGAGCCCUUAUCCCUGAUAACAAAACUGUCUGUGUACCAAAUAGCACUUUAUAUAGUGCACUGUCCGACCAGAGCCCCAAUUGAGGCCUGUAUAAAGCUAAAGUACUGUAUAGAGAAUAGGGUACCAUUUUGAGAUUCAUGCCUUCUCUGACCCCUUGAUAGUCCUGUCAGACCGAAAGGUCUGCACCUCCUGAACUAGCCAAAAAGACACUCCGCUACCAGAAAUGACUGGCUAUGUCCCAAUCAUCUAUCCUUUCUCCUAGUGUGCACUCAUUCACUUCCUUAUCAUUUGAUAAGUACUGGUAGAAUACAUAUGGUAGAAACUCCCACCAAUCCAACUUGGGGAAGCAGCGAAGGUGUCUACACCUUUUUAGGAGAAAGGUGAUUUAUUAUUGGGACAGAGUCCCUGGUGUCUGUUUGCACUGAGCCAUUAGACCUGUAUUAGUUUAUCAUUAGUCCUCUGUGGUCAUUAGACCUGUAUUAGGUUACCAUUAGUCCUCUGUGGUCAUUAGACCGUUAUUAGUUUACCAUUUAGUCCACUGAGCCAUUAGACCUGUAUUAGUUUAUCAUUAGUCCUCUGUGGUCAUUAGACCGUUAUUAGUUUAUCAUUAGACCUGUAUUAGUUUACCAUUAGUCCUGUAUUAGUUUAUCAUUAGUCCUCUGUGGUCAUUAGACCGUUAUUAGUUUACCAUUAGACCUGUAUUAGUUUAUCAUUAGUCCUCUGUGGUCAAAUCUGUGGAUUUCCUUUUUUACAUUUUAUACGUUUCUGUUAAAAGAAAAAGGGAUCAUUUGGAUGUGAGGGAUGUUCAUUACUAAAACCUUAAAGAUGAUUGUUGUGGAGACCUUGGAAGAUUUAUGGGCCAGUUUCCCGGACAUAGAUUAAGCCUAGUCCUGGACUAAACAGCUAUUUAAAUUGAAAGUGUUUUUUUAGUCCAGGACUAGGAUAAUCUGAAACCAGGCUUAUAAAUGUAAUUUUGAAUUUUAUAUGCUAAUUUUCUCCUGUCAAUCCAAAGGGGUAUACUACAGAGCAAGAUCUAUAAAUUAGCAAACUAAACUUAAAUAUUUUUGAAAUAACUUUGUAUUUUUUGUAUAAUUUUUUUUUGUAAGGAUAAACUUGAAAUAGGCAUGGUCGAAUUGACUCAACAACCAAAAACACAUUUCUGAGUUUAACUUUAUUAAUGAAUCAGAAAAUCAAUAGAUAUUUGUUGUUUAUCAGUUAGCUGGGUAACUUGUUGAUCCUGCAUUGUAGCAGAGCCCUCUAGAUAGUUACUGGGCUGUAGGUGAGGAGGACUGGGGUUCUAUUUCACUAAAAUAUCAGUGUAUUCCAACUUAAAAUAAACAUUUCCAUUUGU